AACACAGUGCAGAGCAGAGCUGGCAGUCACAGUUGCUCCCUGGAUUGUAGCAGAGAGAGAGCAGCCCUCCUGCAGCCUGUUAGCCCACCACCAUGGAUGUCAAACUGCUGGCACUGAUGGCUCUGCUGGCCGUAGCCACACAUGUACCAGCCUCCAACGCAAAGCCCAUCAGUCUGGUAGAGCGGUGCUGGUGUCGGUCCACCCUCAACACGGUUCCUCAGCGGUCCAUCAGAGAGCUCAAGUUCCUCCACACACCAAACUGCCCCUUCCAAGUCAUUGCCAAGCUGAAGAACAACAGAGAAGUCUGCAUCAACCCGGAAACCAAGUGGCUGCAGCAGUACUUAAAGAACGCCAUUAACAAGGUGAAGAAAUCUAGAAGACGUUCUAACAAGAAAAACUAAACACAAGAGAAGACGUGUAUGUCGUCAGGCCUGGCGUCCCCCGGGUCAAACCUGUAUACCUCCCUGUCACUGCUAUGGAUGUAUGUAAACACGCUGUAUGUACCCGUCCACCUCUCUGGACCGCUUGCAGAACCUGCACUUCACCGCCGUCCCCAGCGCCGCCACCGACCCCCCUGGACAGCCACGCAGUCACCUCCAACUCUCCAUGUGAGCACCAAAUGCAAUCACACAUUGACGUGACAGGACACGUGCUAAUGUCAGAUACACGUGUGUGAGUGCUGGGCAUGAGAGAGAGAGUGUGUGUGUUUGAAUGUGCAACAUAUGAACUAACUCUGAUUGUGCGUCUGUUUAUAGUAUUUUCUUAUGUCACACAGCCAGGGAGGAACAAUUUGAGCUUUCCGUCUCACACAAGGCUUUAUGGGUAAUGCCACCUUCAUGUCAUGUCAGAAAAAAUGGUAACACUUUAUCAUAACCAUCAUUUAUAAAUAGUAAAUUGAUAGUUAAUUAAACUUAGUUAAUAGUUAUUUUACUGUUAACAAACAAUGAAAUGAUAAUUAAUAAUGUUUACUAAUUAUUAAUGCUAUAAAUUUUGU